AUGCGUAUAAAAAUCAUCCUGUAAAAAUCACAUUGCUAUAAAAAUCAUACAUUUUAUCCAGUUUCUGAACGGUUUAGGAGGUGCAGCGCAACAAGAUGUCGGAGAACAAGACCGUUAUGAUACCAGUCGAUGCCUCACAUCACGCAGAACAGGCAUUUGAUUGGUAUGCAGAAUUCAUCCACAAACCUACUUUCACAGUCCAUGUGUUUCACUGCCAUGAGCCACUGGUAUCACACCACAGUUUCUUACCAGGGAGAGAAGGGGUACCAAGACAUGAGUUUGAGGAGGACAAGAAGAAGAUAGACGACCUCACAAAAAAAUAUGAGGAAAAACUGGCUAGUAAAAAUAUUACAGGAAAGGUGUCGCACAAGAUCAAACAACAUCCUGGCCACACUAUAUGGGUCUUGGUACGAUACGUCGUACCAUUCUCGGCAGUAUCUCGGAUUUUGUUCUCCACCACACGCACGUUCCUGUCCUGGUUAUACCCAAGAAACAUCAUUAGAAAAUUUAAGAAUAUCGAGGAUUCAUAAAAAGAGACUGAGAUUUAGCAGAUAAUCAGAAAUCGGGAACUGAAUUGAAAAAUGAGCCGAAACACAAAGAAUGGAAAAGACAUGAAAUUGCUAUAUCGGAGAAUGUUACAAAUGAUUCCAUUUAAAAGAUAUUUUCUG